CGAGACGGAGCUCACCUCUUCUUCCUCCUUUUCCUUCUCUUUCUCUUCUGCUAUCAUCGCCCCAGCAGCCGCGCAGCGGACCAGGGCGCAGGGUCCCAGCAGCUUUCCGCUCCGCUCCACUUCUCUCCGCGCCCGCACAGCCAGACCCAUCGACGGACUCGCGGCUCCGUGGCGGCCAUGGAGCACCGCGGCGCCUCCCCGCUCCUCCUCGCCCUCGCCCUCUUCAGCGCCCUCUGCUGGCGGGCGCGGGCACUGCCCCCGCGGGGCGCCGCCUUCCCCCCCGUCUCGCGAUUGGGAAACAGAAUGCCCUUUGAUGGAGCCAGUGAACCUGACCAUGCCCACGGAUCAUUAAAAUCUGAAUCAGAUAUUUUGCAGAACACACUACCUGAAAAUGAGAAAUUCUAUUUUGAUCUGUCCAGAAUUAUUGAUAGCUCCCAGGACAGUCCUGUCAAACGCCACUCUGAUGCUGUCUUCACUGACAACUACAGCCGCUUUCGAAAGCAAAUGGCUGUCAAGAAAUACUUAAACUCUGUUUUAACUGGAAAAAGAAGCCAGGAAGAGCUAAACCCCGCUAAACUUCGAGAUGAAGCAGAACUUCUUGAACCUUCCUUUUCAGAAAACUAUGAUUCUGUAGAUGAGCUGCUGAGCCACCUUCCACUGGACCUCUGAAGGACAUCUGGUAAAGUCUAUUGACAAGAACAAGCUAUUUUUGAGUUUCACAUAGUAUUUCAAAGAGAUGACUUUCGUCAUCAAACCAGAACAAAUAUGUUGUGAAGUGAAAGUUGUGAUAUAUUUGUUUCUUAUGUAAUAAAAGUUGAUAUUUACAUUGUAAAUAUUA